AUGCUGCGCUCCAGCAUCCUCCGCGCCGCCAGCUCGGCUCCCUCGGUCGCUCGCCCUGCCCUCCGCGCGCCCAAGCUCGCCCAAGCUAUCGGCGCCCAGCAGUCCCGCCAGGCCCAUGCCAUCUCGAACCCGACGCUGGCCGACAUUGAGAAGCGAUGGGAGCAGAUGCCGCCCGAGGAGCAGGCCGACCUGUGGAUGUCCCUCAGGGACCGCAUGAAGGUUGACUGGAAGGAGCUGACCCCGCAGGAGAAGAAGGCCGCCUACUGGAUUGCCUUUGGCCCCCACGGUCCCCGCGCCGUUGCCCCGCCCGACGAGACCAAGAAGAUCAUCCUCUACACGCUCCUCGGCGUUGCGGCCGCCGGUGCCCUGUUCGGCUUCUCGCGCAUCUUCGCGGGCCCGCCGCCGCCGACCAUGACCAAGGAGUACCAGGAGGCGUCCGAGGAGUUCCUCAAGUCGCAAGGUUCGGAGCCCAUCACCGGCUACAAGGGUAUGCUCAUCCAGAGCAAGCCGGGCCCCAAGGAGGAGUAA